UGUGAUGUUGUUUGGCAAAUAUGUAAAUAAAUGAUUUAUUUCUUUCUUUCAGGCAUUCCAUGUCCUAUAAUUGUUGCUUGGGCCAUUGGGAAGCUUUACAAAGAAAAUGAACAGUAAGCACAAAUUUCUAAUUAACAACAACAGUGGAAUCUCAAGCAUUUUAUAAUAAGUAGUUUGUGUUGUAGACAUUUUGUUGUAUCUGAUUACCUUUGAUGGAGUGCAUAGAAACCAAUACAUGUACAGUACUAGUCAAAAGUUUGAACACACCUACUCAUUCCAGGGUUUUUCUUUAUUUUUACUAUUUUCUACAUUGUAGAAUAAUAGUGAAGACAUCAAAACUAUCAAUUAACACAUAUGGAAUCAUGUAGUAACCAAAAAAGUAUUAAACAAAUUCUUCAAAUAGCCACCCUUUGCCUUGAUGACAGCUUUGUACACUCUUGGCAUUAUCUCAACCAGCUUCAUGAGGUAUUCACCUGGAAUGCAUUUCAAUUAACAGUAGUGCCUUCUUAAAAGUUAAUUUGUGGAAUUUCUUCCCUUCUUAAUGCGUUUGAGCCAAUCAGUUGUGUUGUGACAAGGUAGGGGGAGUAUACAGAAGAUAGCCCUAUUUGGUAAAAUACCAAGUCCAUAUUAUGGCAAGAACAGCUCAAAUGAGCAAAGAGAAAUGAUAGACCAUCAUUACAUUAAGACAGGAAGGUCAGUCAAUACGGAAAAUGUCAAGAACAUUGAAAGUUUCUUCAAGUGCAGUCGCAAAAACCAUCAAGCGCUAUGAUGAAACUGGCUCUCAUGAGGACCGCGACAGGAAUGGAAGACCCAGAGUUAACUCUGCUGCAGAGGAUAAGUUCAUUAGAGUUACCAGCCUCAGAAAUUGCAGGACAAAUAAAUGCUUCACGGAGUUCAAGUAACAGACACAUCUCAACAUCAACUGUUCAGAGUGGACUGUGUGUAUCAGGCCUUCAUGGUCGAAUUGCUGCAAAGAAACCACUACUAAAGGACACCAAUAAGAACAAGAGACCUGCUUGUGUCAAGAAACACGAGCAAUGGACAUUAGACCAGUGGAAAUGUGUCCUUUGAUCUGGAGUCCAAAUUGGAGAUUUCUGGUUCCAACCGCUGUGUCUUUGUGAGACGCGGUGUGGGUGAACGGAUGAUCUCCGCAUGUGUAUUUCCCACCGUAAAGCAUGGAGGAGGAGGUGUUAUGGUGUGGGGGUGCAUAACUGGUGACAUUGUCUGUGAUGUAUUUAGAAUUCAAGGCACACUUAACCAGCAUGGCUACCACAGCAUUCUACAGCGAUACGCCACCCCAUGUGGUUUGGGCUUAGUGGGACUCUCAUUUGUUUUUCAACAGGACAAUGACCCAACACACCUCCAGGCUGUGUAAGGGCUAUUUUACCAAGAAGGAGAGUGAUGGAGUGCUGCAUCAGAUGAACUGGCCUCCAAAAUCCCCCGAUCUCAACCCAAUUGAGAUGAUUUUCCUUCCACAGAGUGAAGGAAAAUCAGCCAACAAGUGCUCAGCAUAUGUGGGAACUCCUUCAAGACUGUUGGAAAAGCAUUCCAGGUGAAGCUGGUUGAGAGAAUACCAAGAGUGUGCAAAGCUGUCAUCAAGGUAAAGGGUGGCUAUUUGUAGAUUCUCAAAUAUAAAAUAUACUUUGUUUAACACUUUUUUGUUUACUACAUGAUUCCAUAUGUGUUAUUUCAUAGUUUUGAUGUCUUCACUGUUAUUCUACAAUGUAAAAAAUAAUCAAAUGAAACUAAACCCUUGUCACGAUCGUUGAGACGGGUCAGACCAAGGUGCAGCGUGGUAUGCGAACAUGUUUAUUAAACUCAAUAAACAUAAACGAAACAACGUGAAGUCCUCAGGCUAUACACAGCCAAGCCUAAACGCGGAACAAGAUCCUACAACUAAGGUAGGCAAACAGGGUACUUAAGUAUGAUCCCCAAUCAGAGACAACGAGCGACAGCUGCCUCUGAUUGGGAAUCACACCCGGCCAAACCUAGAAUUACACAUCUAGAUCCUAAACAUAGAAAUUCUAACAUAGAUCCUCACGCCCUGACCAAACCAACUAAAGACAACAGGCCUCUCAAGGCCAGGGCGUGACAAUCCUUGAAUGAGUAGGUGUGUCCAACCUUUUGACUGGUAGUGUAUGUCCUGGUAAAUGUGUUAGUCACAGAUAAACCUUGAAUGAUGUCUUAUAUCCUUUGCAGUACGGUGGUAGUACUUAAAUGCUUUUAGUAUCGUGGAGAAACUACCAAUACUGAUUCAAGGUGAUUCAGCAAUUUACUGUAUUGUAGGUGUCACAGGGGCAUUCACUGUAGCAUUUACAAGACAAUAAUGAAUGUUAUCUAAAGAGGUUAUGAAAAGUCAUUUGAUAGCUAUGUGUAUUUGAAAAUUGUAUUUCUGUCCUUUUUAAUACAAGAAAGUCAGAUGACAGUUCAUUAGUUAGAGGUCAUGUUUUAUAGUUUUGACUUUGAGGUCUAUGCUGCUAUUAUAAAGGCACUUCUUGGCAAAUUAAAAGAGUCAACAUUUAAUUUCAUUCAUUGUAGCAUUUUCUAACUUGGGUACUCUGGAACAGAGGCAUCAUGGCCAUAGGGGGCACAGUGGCGCGUCAUUUUUAUCCAUGCCAAACUUGGUGCAAAACCACACCCACGAGUAACUUAGACUGCUGCGCUCCCAAGUGGGGCAGUGGUCUAAGACACUGCAUCUCAGUGCUUGAGGCGUCACUACAGACCCCUGGUUUGAUUCCAGGCUGUAUCACAACCAGCCGUGAUUGGGAGUCCCAUAUGGCGGCGCACAAUUGGCCCAGCGUCGUCCAGGUUUGGCCGGUGUAGGCUGUCAUUGUAAAUAAGAAUUUGUCCUUAACUGACUUUCCUAGUUAAAUAAAGGUAAAAUAAACAUUAAAAAUUGUGCUGAUUGGUCAGAGUUCAGACGUUCCCUGUGACGAAGUAAAUGCACGUGUGAGAGAGGAAGAACGCUUUUAUAUAUAAAAUAAUGUUGAUGUUUUUUAACAUUUUCUGUUGUUGUUUUUGUAAUACUACUAGCCACCUAGCAAUUUUAUGAAGUUGACUUUAGCUAGCCCAGAUAGUUUCCCAAUCUCCCAACCUCAUAACUAGUUACUAAGAAGCCAUUUCAGGUUAUCAAUCAAGUUAGAGUAGCUAGCUUGUCUAACUCUCUUAGCCGGCAUGCCUGCUGGCAAGUUUGGUAGACUUUAGAAAAGCAAGCAAUUACUAAAUGUACUGAAUAAGACUCACAUUCCUUUCAAUCUUUUACCUGGUUUUAGCACCAGUCAGGAGGAUACAGACAGCUCAAGAGUUAUGCUUAGAUAUGCAGAAUUAAGCAUAAUGACUAUUGCUCUAGAUUGUGUAGAUGAAGGGGAGGAGACAGGUUAAAUAAUGAUUUUUAAACCUUGAGACAAUUGAGACAUGGAUUGUGUAUGUGUGCCAUUCAAAGGGUGAAGACAAAAUAUUUAAGUAUCUUUGAACGGGGUAUGGUAGUAGGUGCUAGGCACACCGGUUUGAGUGUCAAGAACUUCAACGCUGCUAAGUUUUUCACUCUCAACAUUUUUCCAUAUGUAUCAAGAAUGGUCCACCACCCAAAGCACAUCCAGCCAAUUUGACACAACUGUGGGAAGCAUUGGAGUCAACAUGGGCCAGCAUACUUGUGGAACACUUUUGACACAUUGUAGAGUCCAUGCCCCAACAAAUUGAGGCUGUUCUGAAGGCAAAGGGGGUGCAACUCAAUAUUAGGAAGGUGUUCCUAAUGUUUUGUACACUCAGUGUAGAUUGAUACAAAUGGUUAAUAUGCUACAUUCUGAAAGCAAAGCCAUUCAUUUAAUGUUUGUCAACAGAUGCUGGUUUGGGAAAGAACCUGGAAAGUAUAUUGACUACAUUUAUCAAGGGCCGGUCAUUCUUGUCCUUUUGGUAAGUAACAAGAUGGUCAUCUCUCACUGUUGACUUUCUUAAGCUGCUCUAAUGCAACAACACAUUUCAGUCAUUCAGUUGUUGUUUUUUCAUUGCUAAAACAUCAUGUUCUACAUAAUGAACUCUUAAUUAAAGUCUUCCAUCUGUAUUCUCUGCUAGAUAAACUUCGUUUUCCUCUUCAACAUAGUAAGAAUUCUCAUGACCAAGCUGAGAGCUUCUACCACAUCAGAAACCAUACAGUACAGGUGAGUCGCUUCUCCUGUGGGGUUGUUUUUUGGAAUAUUGCAUGCCAUAUUAUGCCACCUUUACUUGACCCCCAUUUAAUAUUUAUGAUAAAACAUUAAGAUGAGAUUCUGCAUUUUACCUCCAUUGCUUCCCCCAGUGUUUUUAAGCGAGGAAGUGGUAACGUGUUCACAGGGCUAAACUAUAUUCAGGAGCCCUGGAGGAAUGCAUUUGUUAACGUUGAACCAUUGAGCUUUAAUGGAGCAGAUACAUUUUAGCCCUGUAGAAGCUCAUAGAGAUUCCCUUCAGAGAGUUUGAGGAGUUAUUAGAGUACAUUAUUUAAACCAAUCCCGUACCAGACCUCGGAAGGAAUCCACCCCUAAUGUCAAAGGAGGAUUCUUAAAAACAUUCUGACUGUCCCAAAAUGUUACAAAUAUUCAGUGGUGGAAUAAGUACCCAAUUGUCAACACAGAGACAUAAUUUACAAAUGAAGCAUUUGUGUUUAGUGAGUCCGCCAGUUCAGAGGCAGUAGGGAUGACCAGGGAUUGUCUCUUGGUAAGUGCGUAAAUUGGACAAUUUUCCUGUCCUGCUAAGCGUUCAAAAUGUAAUGAGUACUUUUGGGUGUCAGUAAAAAGUACAUUAUUUUCUUUAGGAAUGUAGUGAAGUAAAAGUAAAAGCAACACCACUAAGCAAGGGGCACCACCAAGCAAGCGGCACCAUGAAGACCAAGGAGCUCUCCAAACAGGUCAGGGACAAAGUUGUGGAGAAGUACAGAUCAGGGUUGAGUUAUGAAAAAAUAUCAGAAACUUUGAACAUCCCACGGAGAACCAUUAAAUCCAUUAUUAAAAAUUUGAAAGAAUAUGGCACCACAAUAAACCUGCCAAGAGAGGGCCGCCCACCAAAACUCACGGACCAGGCAAGGAGGGCAUUAAUCAGAGAGGCAACAAAGGGGGGUGGGGGGGGGGGGGGGGGGUGGGGGGGGUGGGGGGGGGGGGGGGGGGGGGGGGUGAAUAGUUAUGCAAGCUCAAGUUAUCUGUUUUUUUGUCUUAUUUCUUGUUUGUUUCACAAAAAAAUAAUAUUUUGCAUCUUCAAAGUGGUAGGCAUGUUGUGUAAAUCAAAUGAUACAAACCCCCCAAAAAUCCAUUUUAAUUCCACAUUGUAAGGCAACAAAAUAGGACAAAUACCAAGGGGGGUGAAUACUUUCGCAAGCCACUGUAUCUAGGUUCCAUUUUGAUGCUGCUGCAUUGAAGACUGUCUGGGGGGGAUGAAAAGACAACCUAAACCAAUGACUUACAGGAAGUACAGUGCAUUCAGAAAGAAUUCAAACCCUUUGACUUUUUCCACAUUUUAUUUCGUUACAGCCUUAUUCUAAAAUUGAUUAAAACUGUAUUUUUUCUCCUCAACAAUAUACACACAAUACCCCAUAAUGACGACGCAAAAGUAUUUUUUGUGUGCAAAAAAAAAGAAAAAAGAAACUGAAAUAUCACAUUAACAUAAGUAUUCAGACCCUUUACUCAGUACUUUGUUGAAGCGCUUUUGGCAGUGAUUACAGCCUCGAGUCGUCUUUGGUAUGAUGCUACAAGCUUGGCACACUUGUAUUUGGGGAGUUUCUCUCAUUCCUCUCUGUAGAUCCUUUCCAGCUCUGUCAGGUUCGAUGUGGAGCGUCGCUGCACAACUAUUUUCAGGUCUCUCCAGGGAUGUUCAAUUGGGUUCAAUUCCAGGCUCUGGCUGGGCCACUCAAGGACAUUCAGAGACUUUUCCCGAAGCCACUCCUGCGUUGUCUUGGCUGUGUGCUUAGAGUCUGAGGUCCUGAGUGCUCUGGAGCAGGAUUUCAUCAAGGAACUCCAAGUGGGCUGUCAUGUGCCUUUUACUGAGGAGUGGCUUCCUUCUGGCCACUCUACCAUAAAGGCCUGAUUGGUGGAGUGUGGCAGAGAUGGUUGUCCUUCUGGAAGGUUCUCCCAUCUCCACAGAGGAACUCUGGAGCUCUGUCAGGGUGACCAUCAGGUUCUUGGUCACCUCCCUGACCAAGGCUCUUCUUCCCCGAUUGCUCAGUUUGGCCGGGCGGCCAGCUCUAGGAAGAGUCUUCGUGGUUCCAGACUUCUUCCAUUUAAGAAUGAUGGAGGCCACUGUCUUCUUGGGGACCUUCAAUGCUGCAGAAAUGUUUUAGUACCCUUCCCCAGAUCUGUGCCUCAACACAAUCCUGUCUCGGAGCUCCACGGACAAGUCCUUUGACCUCAUGGCUUGGUUUUUGCUCUGACCUGCACUGUCAACUGUGGGACCUUAUAUAGACAGGUGUGUGCCUUUCCAAAUCAUGUCCAAUCAAUUGAAUUUACCACAGGUGGACUCCAAUCAAGUUGUAGAAACAUCUCAAGGAUGAUUAAUGGAAACAGGAUGCACCUGAGCUUAAUUUCGAGUCUCAUAGCAAAGGGUCUGAAUACCUAUGUAAAUAAUGAAUUUUUAAUAAAUUUGCAAAAAUGUCUAAAAACCUGUUUUUGCUUUGUUAUUAUGGGGUAUUGUGUGUAGAUUGAUGAGGGGGGAAAAAACAAUUCAAUCAAUUUUAGAAUAAGGCUGUAACAUAACACAAUGUGGAAAAAGUCAAGGGGUCUGAAUUCUUUCCAAUGUACUGUACACUACAUGACCAAAAGUAUGUGGACAACUGCUCGUCAAACAUCUCAUUACAAAAUCAUGGGCAUUAAUUGGUCCCCCCUUUGCUGCUAUAACAGCCUCCACUCUUCUGGGAAGGCUUUCCACUAGAUUUUGGAACAUUGCUGUGGGGACUUGCUUCCAUUCAGCCACAAGAGCAUUAGUGAGGUCGGGCACUGAUGUUGGGCGAUUAGGCCUGGCUCGCAGUCGACAUUCCAAUUCAUCCCAAAGGUGUUUCAUGGGUUUGAGGUCAAGGCUCUGUGCAGGUCAGUCAAUUUCUUCCACACCGAUCUCGAGAAACCAUUUCUGUAUGGACCUCGCUUUGUGCACAAGGGCAUUGUCAUGCUGAAACAGGAAAGGGCCUUUCUCAAACUGUUGCCACAAAGUUGGAAGCACAAAAUCGUCUAGAAUUUCAUUGUAUGCUGUAGCAUUAAGAUUUCCCUUCACUGGAACUAAGGGGCCUAGCCCGAACCAUGACAAAAAGCCUCAGACCAUUAUUCCUCCUCCACCAAACUUGGCACUAUUCAUUCAGGCAGGUAUCAUUCUCCUGGCAUCCGCAAAACCAAGAGUUGUCCGUCGGACUGCCAGAUGGUGAAGCGUGAUUCGUCACUCCAGAGAACGCGUUUCCUCUUCUCCAGAGUCCAAUGGCGGCGAGCUUUACACCACUCACCUUGGCAUUGCACAUGGUGAUCUUAGGCCUGUGUGCAGCUGCUCAGCCAUGGAAGCCCAUUUCAUGAAGCUCCUGACGAACAGUUCUUGUGCUGACAUUGCUUCCGGAGGCCGUUUGGAACUCGGUAGUGAGUGUUGCAACCGAGGACAGACAACUUUUAAGUGGCCUACCACUUCGCGGCUCGUAGAUGUUUCCACUUCACAAUAACAGCACUUACAGUUGACUGGGGCAGCUCUAGCAGGGCAGAAAUUUGACAAACUGACUUGUUGGAAAGGUGGCAUCCUAUGACGGUGCCACAUUGAAAGUCACUAAGCUCUUCACUAAGGCCAUUUUACUGCCAAUGUUUGUCUAUGGAGAUUGCAUGGCUGUGUGCUUGAUUUUUUACACCUGUCAGCAAUGGGUGUGGCUGAAGUAGCCGAAUCCACUAAUUUGAAGUGGUGUCCACGUACUUUUGUAUCUAUAGUGUACAAAGGGCUACUCUAAUUCAUAGUGAACAUGGGAAUGUCCACUCACUGUUUGGUUGCUCUAUAGGUGGUUAAAAAAUAUAUUUUAAUAAAGGUGACACAGUAACAUUUAGACCGACAUGGUCUUUAUCCUAACAUGGUCUUCCUCCUUACUCGUAAUACAUUGUAUAUAUUGUGAUGCGAGACUGCCAACCCACAGUUAUUGCAGUCAUUACAACUCCCCUCAAUAUUUGCAGUUUAUGGAGCAGUUAAUGGAGUAUUUAAAUCUGUUUAACAACUUCCUUCUACUCAACAAAGUGAUGAAACGGUCAGCUACUUUAUUAUGGUUGAAUCCCUUCAAUCUGUACUUCACUUGCACGCACCAUUACGUAACAUUCCCAUGAAUAUAUGGCCACACUCACACACACACCAUUUUCCAUGAUGAUCAUUUCUGUUUGAAACAGUGUCCCCUCUUUUUCAUUAGAAAUUAUCUGCUGAUGUUGCACAGUGUCUAAUAGCCUUGCAUAUCAUAUUCAUGGAACAACUUGCAUCGUCCUCAAUUCACAUUUAAGCUCUUUUUCAUGGUGGAUUAUUUGAGAGCUCAAAGGGGGAAAUCUCAAAUCCCAGCAAAGUCUGCAGACCUCUGUCCUAUAGAAAAGGGUAAGGCCUCUUUUAUGCCAAUGCUGACAUUGCUGACAUUGGGUUCCCUACUCUUUGUCAAACAGUGGAUUUAUAUCCUUAGCUACAGUAGGUAAUGUGCUACUUGAGGUGUAACCUUGGCCAUCUGCUGCUUCACCACUUAAGUAGACUACCUGAAAUCCCAUCAUAAUUCGAUGAAAUUAAGAAUGCCAUUUGCAACCAGAUACUCAAAUGUCAGUUGUUGAUACCACGGCUUUGAACUUUUAAACGUAUUUCUUCUCAGUGCGGUUCUUUCAUCUAGAAUGGCAGAACAAUCCUUGCACAAUUUAAUUCAGCUUUAUUUCGAUAAGUGCUUUUUGUGAUGUAAUAUCUACCGCAACACCCUAAGGAAUAAGCUCCAUUCCCCCCUCAACCUGCUGGAGGCAAGCAUUGGGCGACAUUGUCAACAAUAACAAAAAGUCCCUCUUAGUUGAGUCAGUAGUCUCGUGGGAUGGGGUUCUAACCUUACUCAGAAUGUGUAUCUCUGACAUUCAUUAUUCGGGGUCUUUUGUCAACAGAUGGUGGUAAUGGUAAAAAGCAAGCAAUCUACUAAAAUAGAAAGAAAGGACACUUUUUGGGUCUUUCAAUGCUUUUUUGUAUUGACGUACAUUAAAACAUUUACACAGCUUUCUUUUAGAAGCAACCACUUUCCCCAAUUACUUUUGUAACUAAACGGGAGUACUGAUGUUUCUGUUAUUUCCUUCACAGAAAAGCGGUAAAAGCGACAUUAGUGCUACUACCUCUCCUGGGGAUCACCUACAUGCUAUUUUUUGUGAAUCCCGGAGAGGACGACAUCUCGCAAAUAGUUUUUAUUUAUUUCAAUUCAUUUCUACAAUCAUUUCAGGUAAGAUAAUGGAGUCUGUUCUUUACCAAGUUGUGCCCCUCUUUCCCCAAUAACACAAAACCUUGAACCUUUAUAAAUCUGUGUCAUUAUCUUUGUAGCUUUAAUAUACUGUUAAUUGAAGGUUUUAUAGGUUUUAUAGCCUCUGGGAAAAGGACUAUUUGUAGGCUACUAUUGUAAGGCUUUGUAAUCCUGGUCCUGGCUGCUUUACUGUCAAGUGUUCUGAGCUGUCAGGAGAAUGUUUGUGGAGACAUGUAUGUGGGCGUGAGUUAUGCACAGUGGGCAUUCUCAGCGUAAAUCUUCCCUCCACAAUGCAAGGCUGAGGGGGUGGGGAGAAGGUACUGUGUUAAUGGUGCUGAGUGAAGGGAUGUGUAGAGGAUAGGAUAAGGGUCCAUUUUAUAACAGUUUUAGACUAUUCUUAUAAAAACCUAAUGCGAGGUUGUUCCAUCCUGAUUUACUACUCCUAUUAUUGCUCUGUAUGCUGUAUAAUUGAAAUGUGAAAUGUAGACAAGUGUGUGAAUCAUUCAAUUGCUUUGCUGUUAUUUCUAUACACUUUGUAACAUUAACUCAAUAGGGAAGAAAAUGUAAUCUUCCACUUCUCAGAAAGCUGCAUUUUGUUUAUAUUAAUCACAUUUGAUCUCUGAAACAAAUGCCUAUUGCUAGCACACCUUGGGUGGCAGUCUGAUUAUCUGGACAGAUGAAACACUAUAAAAUAUCUGACCAAUAGUUGAUAUUGUUCAAUACUGUGCAUCCCUAUUUGAGUUCAUUGAUAAAGAUAGCUCAAUGAAAACAGCUUGUACAUACAUUCUGUACUAUACAUUCUAACAGUGUUCUGUCUUGUUUUCCAGGGGUUCUUUGUUUCAGUAUUCUACUGCUUUCUAAAUGGCGAGGUGAGUCAACCAGGAUCUUUUCAUGCGUGGGCAUUGCCGUGUGUCAGAUCGCUAUGUAAAGAUCUGAGAGGCAGUAGACUUCUAGUCCUGAGACCCUUAUUUCACCUCUAUCAUGGAACGCCAUCAUUACCCUGCAGGCUAUUUUGGAACAAACAUUACUGUAGAUCAGGACUGCCCAACCGUGUUCCUGAAGAGCUACCAUCCUGUAGGUUUUUGCUCCAACCCAAAUAGUCCGGGUAGCCAUGAUUAGCUGUUCAGGAGUCUUAUGGCUUGGGGGUAGAAGCUGUUAAGAAGCCUUUUGGACCUAGACUUGGCGCUCCGGUACCGCUUGCCGUACGGUAGCAGAGAGAACAGUCUAUGACUAGGGUGGCUGGAGUCUUUGAUAAUCUUUAGGGCCUUCCUCUGACACCGCCUGGUAUAAAGAUCCUGGAUGGCAGGAAGCUUGGCCCCAGUGAUGUAUUGGGCCGUACGCACUACCCUCUGUAGUGCCUUGCGGUCGGAGGCCGAGCAGUUGCCAUACCAGGCGGUGAUGCAACCAGUCAGGAUGCUCUCGAUGGUGCAGCUGUAUAACUUUUUGAGGAUCUGAGGACCCAUGUCAAAUCUUUUCAGAUCUCCACUGUCUUUAAGAAGCUGUUGUUGGUAUACACACACAAAAAAUAGAAAUUGAUUGAAGUCUACUGUGGCUACCUUGGAAACUAUUUAAUGUGAAUCCUCAUGUAUCCUCAUGUAUUGUUCUGUACUGUUUUGUAAAGAUUUGUUAUUGACGGUUAUUCAAAUGUCAAUUUAAGUUAAAGGGAUUUCCUGUGUCCUAUAUGCUUUGUGUGGGGAUAGAUGUAGUAUACUGUAGGAGGGCCAAAGAAACACUGGCUGCCCACCACUAAUAUAGUAUUUCAUUGUCAUCUUCCAGGUGCGCUCAGCAGCCAGGAAAAGAUGGCAUCGUUGGCAGGACAACCAUGCCCUGAGAGUGCGUGUGGCACGUGCCAUGUCCAUCCCCACUUCACCCACCAGGAUCAGCUUCCACAGUAUAAAACAGACCACAGCUGUUUGACCUGGAUCACCAAGUUCAAAGGUCACCUUUGGAAACUUCCCUUUUCUAGGGAAGACACUUGUCUUAAGGCACCUCUCCAUAAAUGUUGUCCAUUUGCUUUAUUUAGUUUCUCCUCUGCAUAAAGACAGAGACAGUGCGCUUUGAGAAAGAGACCAUUAGGAUUUCCACAUUAUAAUACUGUAACAUUACCUACUAGGACGUCACACAGAAGUCAGGACCAUUCAAAACAGAUGGACCAGGUUGCCUCUCCAAAUGAACAUUGUGAAGUGAUUGCAGAGUCAAAGUUGUACUGACAAUGCAUUAAGAGCUGUUAUCAUACUAUAGUACACCAGGUUGUAUUCUAAUAGGUCAGGAAGGUUGACCUUUCAAGGCCCCGUGCUGAAUGCUGAUGAGGCAAAACAAAAGCAGUGUUAGUGUCAAAAGAGACCCUAAUCACUCCCAGUACUGUACUGUACUAGUGGCAUUUAUAUCCAUAACCCUUCAUUAUUUCAUAUCUACGAGAGGGCAGAGAUAAUUUAUGCAGGAAUGUGCUUAAACAGUGUGGGCACGGGAUGCAAUUGCAUUCUGUGUCUGUUGCACACCAAGUUUGAGAUGAGAUUAAAGAGAUGUAAUUAUACUGUUAAUCCCCAAGGAAAUAAGGAAGUGGUACCGUUUGGUUUGUCAUCAGCACCACUUUCACGCACUGUCAAAAUGUCACCCUAAGAGCUAUUCAUUUGUAUAAAUGUUUUCAGGCUAAUUUAUUUUCAGAUUGUUGCCUGACAACACUUUUGAACAGCAUAACGUCAAUGAUGUGUUUUUCUCACUUCAGUAUAAAACCCCCAGAGGCUACUCUAAAUAAAUCAAAGUUAUCUUUCACUGGGUUCGAAUUCAGAUUAUACCCAUUAUCUUAUGCAAAUAAUGGAGAUAGGACUGUGAUUCAGAUACAUUUAUAUAAUACUUAUUUCAAAAACUAAAUACAAACACUAUUUUAGUGUCGCAGAUCCUUAUUUAAGUCCACAUAAUGCCACAGCUGACCCAAGUCAAGAGAAAUAGGAGUAAUUUUAAGGUACAGUACAUUCAAUCCUUUUACUGUAUUAAAAGGAUUUAAUUAUUUUCUCUCUUUCAAAUCCCAAUGUGCUGCACUUAAUCAUUCGUCAAUCCUAAGCUGUUGUGUCCAGGAGCCAGACAGAGAUAGAGCCUGAUGAGUGAGAGCUCCAUUUAGCUUCCUUAAUGCUUUGCCCUGCUCAGGUCAACAUUCCAAGCCCUGGUAAUGACUGACUGACCAUCUGACCUGCAUGGGUGUUAUCCUCCUUUCCCCCCAGGUCCAUUGCAAUGUCAUACAAGUUCCAGGCACUGAGGCAAGCCUGGUUAUUCAGGCUUCAGUAAGCAGUUCUGGGAAAUAGAACAGUAGAACCCAUGCACCCAUGAAAUCAACUUGGGACUUGGAAUUGUAGAAAUUAUGUAAAUAGAUGGCAUGUUGGGGACAAACUCACUAAUCUGGUUUAGAGCUAUUUCUCUGAUUUAGUUUAAAAAGCAAACUUCUUUGGUAUCAAUUAUACAUUCUUGUUACCUGACUAGUUGCCAUGAAGUGAAUUAAAAUGGCUUGACACAUGGUCUAAAAUUGCUUGUAGGGGAAGGUAUCUUUGUCAUCAUCAUUUGAUAAUUGCUGUGAACAUUAUUGACCUGUCAUGACCAUUAGAGUUUGCAUCCUUUGAUUGCUGUAGAUCUAAUUUUCUGGAACAGUUGUCUAUGUAGCAGUUCUCUGUAACAUUUUCAUACAAAAUUUAUAUUUCAUAAUCGUGACUGAGUCCAUAUGCACAAUAACUCUCUUGAAUAAAAGUUUUCAAGCAAACAGUCCCAAGAUCUAUAUAAAUAGCCAAUGUACUACGUGAAUAAUGGUCAAUAUUGUGUUGGUUGAACAUGAUGUUGUUAUUUAUGUUUGGGAGGUGCCUCCACGUUGAAUGUUUAUAUUGGAUACGUUUUACUCACAUCUAGGGGUUCUAGUUUGAGAAGGUCUAAAAAGAAGAAUAUAUCUUCAAAGAGUGCGAUAAAACAUGUAUAACCACAAUUUUUCGUUGUACUGUACAUAAACUCUUUUAAAGUUUGUUGUAUAUUAUAAUUCAUAUUUGUACAAAUGUUAUGACGUAAAUAUGUAUUUUUUCUCUUAUAAUGUUGGAGUGAAAGUAAUUCAGUAAGAACAUUCAGAGCAUUCAGCUUAAAUGAAUACCUAGGACCAUCCAAAGCAAUCACAGAAAGGUAUGACUAUUUUACUACAUCAUCUCACCAUCUCUUCUUGUGCAGCUUAAAUGGUACUUUCCAUUAUGUUUUUAGUCUAUUGAAUUCAUUACAAUUCUGCACAUACAGUACACAGUACAGUACUCCUAUGGAAGUUAUAAGGUAAGCAGUUUAAAACUUACCAAGGGAAAUCUCCCCAACAUUUUCUUUGAUUGAAACAUGAAAAUUUAGAUUUAUUUGUUGCAAUUCUUAAAUGAUUUUAUGAAUAUAUAAUGAAUAAUUUGUUCAAAAUUACAAAUUCACCAAAGAUAACAAACACGUUUACCUGCAUGUGUUUACUUGUUGUCAGUGCACUUUCUCUGACCAAAUCAUUUAUUUUUCAUAUUUUGUACAGCUUCACCAUUCUCUGAUGUAUUCUCGAUUUAAUAACUUAUUAAUGUACAUAAAUGCAUUUUGGCUUUAUGUUGAAACGCCAACGUUGCCUUUUAGAAAAACAGAAAAUUGUGUUUUUGUGGAAAGAAGAAAAACUCUGUUUCUACAGUAAAUGUUGUACUGAUGUGUGAUUGAUAUGCAUUUAUAAAAGUACAUGUGGUAAAAUCAACC